CCGCACGGACAGACACACACACCGCGCUUCUGCAGUUCUGCUCCACUCUCGACCUCACCGGCUCCGCUCGCCACUCCGUCACCGGCCGCGCUUCCUCAAACAAAAAAAAAAAAAAAAAACUCCGUCACCGGCCGCGGGCCGCGGCGGCGCCGAGCCGCGUCUCAAGCAGCACGCGGCUGCGCACUAUGCCGCGAUCGAGGCACUCGAAGGAGAUUGAGAGAAAGGGAAAGGAGUGGCGGAGAACCCUAACUACAAUCCCAAUCUUCCUUAAUCGCGGCCGGACCGAAUCGGAAACGCCCUUGCCGUCGCCAUGGACGGAGUUUCCGUUUCCGGCCGCGGCUUCUUCGUCUCUCCCGCCACUUGGGGUAACCGAGGAGUUGGAGCUGCGACCUGCAAUCCCCUCUUCAGAAGCAUCGCCCUCCGCCUCCCGUGGAACUGGUCCACGCCGGGAAGCGGCCCGUGUCCGGCACAGUGCUAUGUAUUCAGACCGCCCAAGGCGAUCCCGGCGUAAUCGAGGAGGAUGGGCACAACAGUCAUCGAGCUCACGGGUUGAGGAAGAGGAUGCCGGCAAGGUGAGCAGCAAUGAGCUUGGGCCUACAAUUUCUGAUGCGUCGAAAUUCAAGAUUUUGUCGCUAAAUGAGUCGCCUCCCGCACUUGAUUCAACCGAUAGGUCAGAGGAGCAAAGCGAAGCUUAUAGGUCGUUGAAUGUGCCUACGUUUGACAGUGUUGACGAUGCUUUUGAAUAUUUUUGUAAAAGUGAGAAAGCUGCUCAAGCUGCUCGAGAUAAGACCCUAACGUUAUCCCAGCGGGCUGCACUAGAAAAAUUUGAAGCUCAACUGGCAGUGACACGAGAUAAAGCUCGAACAGUUCCAACACAAGAAUCAUCAGCAGUUGCAACACAAGGGGGAUAUGAAGGUUCCAAAGAAAAUAUUGCUGCGAAUGGGGAUAAAUGGAUGUGUGAAGAGGUCUGGGUGGCGUUUCAAAAGUACCAUAAGAAAGAUCUUAAGGAAUCUGAGUACGAAUUUGAAAAACUUGAACACCAGUGUUUUCAUGUGGAGAAUUAUUGCAAGAUCUUCCACCACUUCAAUUUUACUGUCAAGAUGAAGAAACCUGGUUCAAGUGAGUGGAGCUCAAUUCUAUACUUUGCCGAAGUAAAGGAGAUAUUGCAACGGAAAAUUUACUUUUGCUGCCCUCUUGAACCGGAUGAAAAUGGUGAUUGUUAUGCAUGCAAAAACCAAAGGAUGGUUGAUUUGAAGCAUCCUAUGAUAGGUGCAUUUGAUAGGGGCAGUCCAGAUACAGUAUUCCCCUUCAUGUACGGAGAUGAUUCCUCCUCUGAUGACGAUGAUGGACCUGUCUAUGACGAGGCCUGGAGGACAAGGAUGAGAGCUGCUGGGAUUAGGGUUGGAUGAUGAGGUGCUGGUGACAUUAGGUUUAAUUGAGAACUUAGUUUUAAUUAUAAGUGAUAAUGUAAUGCUACUAUGUUGAGGAUCUGGCACAAAACCUUACUGCGAGUUAAGCUAGCUGAGCUAUACAGUUAUAUAGUUUGUGUCUCCAAGCUAUUAAGAACUGACGGUCAGACUAUAGUUAUGCACUUCCUCCAUCCCACCAAAAGUGUCUUAACUUUGUCAAAA